UGCUGAUUUGAUCUUCGUCAUGUCUGGUCGCGGCAAGGGAGGAAAGGGCCUUGGUAAAGGUGGAGCUAAGCGCCACCGUAAGGUUCUGCGAGAUAACAUCCAGGGCAUUACUAAACCUGCAAUUCGGCGCUUGGCCCGCCGCGGCGGAGUUAAGCGUAUUUCUGGCCUCAUUUACGAAGAGACUCGCGGGGUUCUCAAGGUAUUUCUGGAGAACGUAAUCCGAGAUGCUGUCACCUACACGGAGCAUGCAAAGCGCAAGACGGUGACCGCCAUGGACGUGGUGUACGCACUCAAGCGCCAGGGUCGCACCUUGUAUGGCUUCGGCGGCUAGUCGCGUUAGCUUUUUGCUCUUAUGUUUUCAAA